UAUUUGACGGUAACACAUAUGGCGGAGAACAAACCUUUGGGUUUAUAACGUUAUCUCUCUCUCUCUCUCUCUCCCACGUCUUCUCUUCCCCUUUUCCUUUCGAUCUGUAGCGGUAUUUUAUUAUCGCUAACCCCCCCACAGUAAUCAAGCCCGGAAGACGAAAACCUAAAGCCAAAGUCGGAGAAGCGAAAUAUUUUGGCCAAGCGACGAGGGGUGAUGAGCGCGGCGGCGGCGGAGAUGGCCGUUGCGGAUGCUGCUGCUCCUGCUGCGGCGGGGAAGGGGAAGGAGAAGGUGGAUGAGCCGGCGCCGGGGAGCAGCAAGGGGAGGUUCCUGGCGUACCCGCCGCGGAUGGCGGAGCACAAGGCCGUGGCGGCGGACGCCGCGCUCUUCAGGGCGGCGCUCGAGAGGCUCCACGCGCACAUGGGCACGAAGCUCAAGGUGCCAAUAAUUGGUGGAAAGGACCUGGAUCUUCAUCAGCUAUUUAAGGAAGUCACUUCACGAGGUGGCAUUGAUAAGGUGAAGGCAGAAAACAGAUGGAGAGAAGUUACUGCAUCAUUUAUUUUCCCUGCUACUGCGACAAAUGCUUCUUUUAUGUUGAAGAAAUACUAUAUGUCACUGUUAUACCAUUUUGAACAGCAAUAUUUCUUUGGAGCAGAAGGCUGGCAUGAACAAGAAACUGAUCCCAGAUCAAUGUCCUGCGUAGAAGUGAGAGCUGAAACACAAGCUACCCAGAAAAGAAAAAGGGGCAACAGUGGUCCUUCAGACCCAGCUUCGUCAUCCGAUAAUGUUGACGUGGAUGUUCUAAUUGAUGCCAAGUUCGAACAUGGCUACAUUGUAACUGUUACUACGGGAUCAAAAUCGACGAAAGCAAUCCUCUAUAAUUUCACAGAGGAACCUGCUCUUGCAACCCCGGCACCUGCUAUUGCUAUAAACAACACUGAUUUGAAGGGUGGACGUAGGCGCAAGCGACGCAGAAAGAAGCUGAGUACGACAGACCCCAGGCAUCCCAAACCAAAUAGGAGUGGCUAUAAUUUCUUUUUCCAAGACCAGCACAGAAUGCUUAAGCCAGAAUAUCCUGGACGGGACAGGCUGAUCAGCAAAAUGAUUGGUGAACGGUGGAACAAUCUAAGCCCUGAAGACAAAGCUGUGUACCAAGAAAGAGGUGUACAGGACAAGGAGCGCUACCAGGCUCAGUUAGCUGCUUAUAGAGAAGAAAUUAGAACAGGACAGCCUAUCAGCAAUGCCGUGCCUAUCCAGCAGAGAUUUCCUCGGACAGAAGUAACUAUUGAUGAAGUGGACUCCAAUGUGAGUAAAGGAGAUAUGCUGCUGUCCAAUCAAGGUUACAAUAACAGCAGCGACGAGAGCGACGAUUCGGGAGGAAAACUUGUUGAAGAUGAAGAGUUCAACACUGAGACGUCUCCGGAGCCGAGCAUGGAGACUACUGAUUCUCCUGGACAGCUCAAUCCUUCUGCUGAUGGUGACCAAUUUGAACUUCGCAGGAGGGAGAACCCCAAGGAAAAUGAGAAACAGAACGCUCCACCUAGCUGAUGAUAAAACAUGACUUUAAUGGUACAUUUCUGCAAGUAGAAAGAUUGGAACAAUUAAGUUAUUAAACUAAGCUGCCGGAUAUAUCUGCUACCUUCUUGCAGGACCAUUUUGCUUCUUUUUUUCCCUUCUAUAUAUCGGCAUUUUCUUAGCAACUGAUGCGUUUCUGUUAUGUGGAUUAUGCUCAAUUAGCAAAUGAAAUAUUCUUUGUUUUAACA